UUACAGGGGAGACUCGACUUCUUUUUGCCUCAACCUUUCCAUGCUGACGGAAUGUUACGGGCUUUGCUGCUUAUACUCUCUGUAGUUGCUAUUGCUCAUGCUGAGCUCUGCAAACCAGAUGCACAGAAUGCUUUCAAAGUACGGAUUAGCAUCAAAACAGCUUUGGGGGACAAUGCAUAUGCCUGGGAUGCUAAUGAAGAGUACCUCUUCAAAGCAAUGGUGGCUUUUGCAAUGAGAAGAUAUUCCAGCAAGAGCACAACUCAAAUUUCCAAUGUGCUGCUCUGCAAUGUGACAGAUCGGGUGUCAUUUUGGUUUGUGGUCACAGAUUCUUCCAAAAAUGUGACAACUGUUCCUGGAAGUGUGGUAGAGGCAGCCAUCAGGAUGAACCGGAACAGAAUCAACAGUGCCUUUCUACUGAGUGACAAAACACUGCAGUUCCUGAAGAUAACCUCAACCUUAUCACCUCCCGUUGAACCCUCUACGCCUGUCUGGCUUAUUGUAUUUGGUGUUGUUCUUUGUCUCAUUGUGGCUGGGAUUGUUUUCCUCAUUGUUUCAGGGAUUCAGAAACACAAGAAAAAGAAUAAAGAGUCAACAGAGAGAGAAAAUUUAGAAGAGAAAGUUGAAGUGACAGUAACAUUAGAAAAUGGGCUGCCUUGUGAAGUGCUGGAUUUAAAAGCAGGCCACAUUAAUGGUGUCUUUCCAGCAGAUGAUGAACGGUUCACAUCCUUAUGAAAUGCUGCGAUUGCUAUCUGGUCGUUUUCUGAGAGACUCCUGUGCCUACCUUAUCUCGUCACUACUCCUGAAUGUCAAACAUGAAGACAAGAAAAACAUCCUUUCACUUAAUUUCCCUGGAGAGAACCUUGUGCUGAUAAUACAUACACUUGAACCUCCAUUACAAAGCUUUUGUUCAUGAACAACGCAAAUGAGAAGGCCUCAGAUAAUAUCCAGAAAAGAUUUCCAGAAGAUGUUUGACAGAACAGGGUUGAAACCUACCGUGUGUCAGGCAUUUAAUUUUUAAUGAUUAUUUAAAUGUGUCCGUUGCUUUUUGUCCCUGAUGUAAAUGUGAAACUGCAUUAUUCCUGAAUGUCGCUGGGGAGAUCAUCUAGCAUUGUCAAUUCUUGAUGGGUUUUCUUUCAAGCCAUAUGCAAAAGUUUCUCUGUAAAAUUACUUUUGUUUGCUGAUAUGUAGUGUGCCUUUGGAUGGAACAAUGAUCAGUGCAUGAAAGUUUUCAUUUAUUGAGAAACAAAAAAGUGAGCUUUCACAGCCUCUGUAAGACCAGGUCAAAAAGCAUGUGGGAUAUAUGUAGCUUUGAGGCUAAGAAACAUCUGGUACUAGAAGUGUUUUUCACUUCACAAAGUCACAGAAUAUAUGACCUGGAAAUAAAAACUUCCAAAACUCUAAAAUUUGUAGAAAUUAAAAGUUGUGACAAAGAGCAGAUUUUCCAAAGGUACAGUCUGUGUUUAGCAACCCAGCUCUCAUUAAAUCACAGAAUCAAAGAAUGGCCUGCGUUGGAAGGGACCUUAAAGAUCGUCUAAUUCCAACCCCCCUGCUGUGGACAGGGACACCUCCCACUAGACCAGGUUGCUCAGAGCUCUGUCCAGUCUAGCCUUGAAUGCUUUCAGGGGUGGGACAAUCACAACUUCUCCAGAAACCUGUUCUGGUACCUCAUCACCUUCACAGUAAAGAUUUUUUUCCUAAUAUCUAAUCUAAACCUACUCUCAGUUUUUUUCCCUUGUCCUGUCACUAUGUGCCCUUGUAGCCAGUCUUUCACAACUCUUUGAAAAAACCUUCCUUACAUUUUUUAACAAUAAAACUAGAGUAGAUUUCCGAGGGAUGGCCAACAUGGGGUCAGAUGAACCUUCAUGUGACUGCAGGAUAGCUUUUGUAGGGAUUCAGUAUGUGAAACACCAGCUCCUGGGUUUGGUGCACCUGACCCAGAUGACAACAUGUAGGCAGUGCUAAGUCAGCAGAGACCAGUCAGACCUGUGUUUCCUAUCUGGCUGGGAGUAGAGGACAUCAAAUAGUGCCAGACUCUACACUGCAUGGGUGGAUUACUUUGAAGUCAGUCGUGCAUACAAACAGUGCUAUCUGUGCCCUGAUCCCAUUCCCAUUUACAUUGGUGAAAACAUUCUGCCUGUUUUCAGAAGAACUGGGCCUCAGAAAAGGGGAGUUGUGUAUGUGGGUAACUGUACACAGAGAAUGGAAGUGUGUUGAAGGAAAAUACAAUGUUUGCAGUUACCAAACAGCUACCCACAUCAAUGAAGGCAGUAUUUGAUCAUUAAGCAUCCUGUUUUCAGUGUCAUGUUUAGGGUCAAUAUUAGAAAACUCAUUUACUUAUUAGGAUUAUUCCAUUAGACUCCUCACCAACAGGAAUAGGCUUAAAUAGAGUAAAAGUUGCUAAAGGACCAUCCUAAAGGACAUCCUGAAGGGUACUGGUUUGUUUCCCAGCAUACAAUCCUUCAGCAUUUUGUCUGUAUUGAGCACCUUUGGCUAUCCACUUGACUCAGCACUGGCUCUUGGGAACACUGAGCAGAAGGGGAGGAAUGGGAAGGAGA